UUCAAAGUUAAGAAAUUCAUUAGAGAAGUGUAUUGUUAUUGACUUAUUUUAAGAUUUUGGGGUACACAAUGUACGGUCCCGAUUUAUCCAUUGAUUCUGCAAUAUAUUCAAAUCUUGAAAGUGACGAACUAAAAGAAAUUAUUCAGGAUGACGACAAAUUUGAAGAAAUAUUCAAGGAAUUGGCCCAGGUUAAAAACUGGGACAAUCAGAAGGAAGCAAUGAUAGAAAGAAAUAAAGCCCUUGCGGAAGCAAAUCUUUUACGCAAUCCAGACUUAGCUGAAAUAAAAGAAAAAUUACAAGAACUUUCUGAAGAAGGCAAACAAUUAUGCAGCAGUAUCCAAGAAAUGCUUGCUGAAAUAAAAGAAAAAUCUGGAAGUAUCAGUUUGGAUACAGCUUUAGCUCUGUUACAAACAGCAGCUGCAACCAGUGAAGAAGAAUCUGAAAAUAUAGCAGAUCAAUUUAUUUCACGUGAUAUUGAUAUAGAUGCAUUUUUAGAGCAGUUUGCAUCAUCAAGAAAAGUUAUGCAUUUGAGGAAAGUCAAAGCCGAUAAAAUGAAAGAACUUCUUACCCAAAGAAAUAGUAGUAAUACCAAUAAUUCAUAUGUGCCUAGUGUUAAUAACGUGCCAGCAUAUCCAUUAGGUCCUAUAAAUAUGCCUAUGCCUGGCUAUAGGAAUAAUUACUUUUAAUACAUUUUUAAUUUUUCAACAUUUGCUUUAUCCAAUAUACACAAAAUAAUAAUAUUUUAGUUAUAUGUAUAAUAUAAAUUCCAUAAUUAAAUUUGUACUUUGGAGCAAAGAUUUAAAAGAUAUAAGUU